UAUAAAUUGCAGUUCAGGCCUUGCUAGAGAACUCAUCCCAGACUUUUGAGUGAAUUCAUUAUUGAAGAUUAACAUUUUAUCUUCACUCCCAAAAACCUUUUGAAAAAUAUGUCGUGCUCAGGAGGCUGCCAAUGUGGCUCUAGCUGCUCAUGUGGAUCGGACUGCAAGUGCGGAAACUACCCCAAUCUUGAGAGCAGCACAACAGCAACUAUCAUCUCUGGGGUUCCAUCAACCACCAUGUACUUUGAGGAGUCUGAGAUGAGCUUUGGUGCUGAAAAUGGCUGCAAGUGUGGCCAAAACUGCAGCUGCACCUCAUGCGGCUGCAACAAAUGAAAGAAGCUAGGCUAUGAGCUGUACCUCAGCAGCCUAUAUAAAUAAGAAAAUAUUGUCAAAGAUGAAUUCUCUAGUUGGAUUGGCGACUAGUUUAUUAUAUAUCUUAUAAAAUAAGAUUUGGUCUUCAGGGUCUUGUGAUCUGCAAAUCCACAUUUCCUAGCUUAGCUGGGAUUUGCGAUUUGUGUUGUGGUUUGCCACCUUAAAUCUUAUGCAUGUUACAGUUUUCUUAA